GUGUUGUGUUAUUGUGUAGGUCGUCCUCAGUGGAGGGAAAAGCAUUUAUUUGCUCUCGAGUAACUGCUACCUGAAGAAAAUGGCACCUAUUUACUCUUGAUUAAUUCUUCGUUGAAAAAAAAAGUUACCUAUUGGCUCUUGGUUACUUCUUAGCCGAAGAAAAAGGCAAAUAUUUGUUCUCGACUCUAGUUUGCUUAAUUUCAAGAGACGCAAAUUUUUCUUGGAGUGUAGGGGCGCACGAAAGAGGAGUAAAGAUGAACGCAGAGGAAGAAAAAGAAGAGACGCCGAAGAAGGGAAAGUCAGCCCUCACGAAGAAAAUCAUCAAGAUCAUGACGGUAAUAGCCUAUGCUUCUGGGGUGUCCAGCGCUGGCUUCCUCCUCUCCCUCUAUUAUAUCAUCUUCUGGGACCCCCAGAUCACUGGAGUUAGGCCUCCAGGAUACCUCCAGGCUGGGCAGAUGGUAGGCUUGCCACAGGCUCUCAUGGUAGACCAGCCACAAGCCCUCUUAACCUCAAACCUGGUGGUUUUCAAGAAAGAUAAACCAAGCUCUUAUCCUCAUAAGGUCUCCAAAGAGUUCAUGGACAUUUUAUUCAAAAACUUCACUGGAGAAGAAAUAGCAGCAGCCAGCGACCUAAGGGAGGGUCAGCCCACGCCCAAGGUGCUCCCUGUCUUCAAGGAUGGGUACGACGGUGCCCCCGCCGCCCACUUUACGCCCACACAGCCCCUGCCCGCCCACCGCUUUGAAUCUUCACAGGUCGUGAACACUGACGCUAUUCUGGGUCAUUCCUUACAUCAGUCUCACAGGAGCACGCGAGAGCACCAGCAGCACGAACAGCAGCAGCAGCGGCACUACCAGAUGCAGCGGCAUCAACAACAGCACCUGCAGCAGCAACACCAACAGGAGGCCUACACUGCCCUCGCCUGAGAUUACAUCAACUUAGCAUCCUCAGGAAACUACCCACAGAUGAUUUUCCAUCCGAAUCCAUCUCACGAACACCGUAGAUGAUCCGCCAGUCACGAACGACAACAGGAUUUGCUAGCCAGAUUAAUUAACCAAGCAAGUCAACAAACAUGAGAAUUGUCUGCCUGUUACCGGAAGAAACCAGAGUAGGUUACGAUUUGUCUGCAACAUGUGGUAAAUUAAGACACAUGUGCAACAGCUGGGCAUCUUUAUUGAUGAAACGUUUCGCUUACACAGUAGACUUCUUCAGUCAAAUACAAAGAGAGCAGUAGUAAUGAAAUAAAGAUAAUGUAA